UUCAUCCCAGGACAAGAACAAAGAGCUCCUCAAACCCUUCUCUAUAAGCAUAACUAUUGAGCAAAAUCGUUGCUGCUCCUGGGUAACCAACACAGAGCGCAGUUAUUUCUUCUUUUCGAUCUUCUUCAGGCUACUUCAUUGGGCAGGCAAGUCUUUUCAGCCUACACUAAUGGAUUCUGAUGUAUCAACCCCUGGGUCCCCAACAUCUGGAGGAGGGUUUAGCACUGAUCGCCUCCCCCCAACAACAAGCCGAAGCAGUUCAAGGCAUAUAAGCUCAACCCAGUCCCUAUCAGAUGAGGCGGAAGUUGAUCCGGAUAUUGUGGUUGAUGACAUCGACGCAGGUGAUGAAGAGGACGAAGAGGGAGAAGACCUUUACACGGACAAUUUCAUGCAGCAGGACUACCAACGUCUGGAAGCACAGGACCGAUAUGAGUCUGUGGAUCUGGAUGACGAACUGCAAGACGAAAGAAGUUUUGAUCAGAUUAUGGCAGAUCGUCGAGCAGCAGAUGCUGUGCUUGAUGCAAGGGGAGGUGCUUCUGUAAACCGAAAGCUUCCUAGGAUUCUACGUGAUCAAGACACAGAUGAUGAUGCCGACUUCAGGCCACGGCGAAGACAGCGAGUUGAGCCUCCAGUCACUGACCAAACUGAGGAAGAGCCUUAUGAGGAGGAAGAAGACGAAGAGGGUGAAUAUGAAAUGUACAAUGUUCAAGGAACUUUAAGAGAAUGGGUGACUAGAGAUGAAGUCCGACGUUUCAUAGCUAAAAAGUUCAGACAAUUUCUAGACAGCUACGUGAAUCAGAAGAGUGGAAAUGGUGAACUAGAGUACAUUCGGCUAAUCAAUGAAAUGGUCGCUGCAAAUAAAUGUAGCUUGGAGAUUGACUAUAAACAGUUCAUCUUUACACAUCCAAAUAUUGCCAUCUGGCUAGCUGAUGCCCCUCAAUCUGUGCUUGAAGUGAUGGAAGAAGUAGCUCAAAAUGUUGUAUGGAGACUACAUCCAAAUUAUAAAAACAUUCAUGAUAAAAUAUAUGUUAGAAUCACAAAUUUGCCUGUAUACGAUCAGAUUCGCAAUAUAAGGCAGGUUCAUUUAAAUACUAUGAUUCGCAUUGGAGGGGUUGUGACUAGGAGGUCUGGAGUUUUUCCUCAAUUGCAGCAAGUCAAGUACGAUUGUAACAAAUGUGGCACUGUUCUAGGGCCUUUCUUUCAAAAUUCCUAUUCUGAAGUGAAAGUAGGCUCUUGUCCUGAAUGCCAAUCGAAGGGACCAUUCACCGUUAACAUAGAACAGACAAUAUAUAGGAACUAUCAAAAAUUAACACUUCAAGAAAGCCCUGGCAUUGUACCACCUGGCAGGCUUCCUAGGUAUAAAGAAGUCAUUCUCCUGAAUGAUCUUAUAGAUUGUGCACGCCCUGGAGAGGAAAUAGAGGUGACUGGCACAUAUACAAACAAUUUUGACAUGUCUCUAAAUACCAAGAAUGGCUUUCCAGUUUUUGCAACAGUUGUCGAAGCUAACUAUGUUACAAAGAAGCAAGAUUUGUUUUCUGCCUAUAAACUCACCGACGAGGAUAAAGCAGAAAUCCAGAAUCUUGCUAAGGAUCCUCGCAUUGGAGAAAGGAUUAUUAAAUCUAUAGCUCCAUCUAUUUAUGGGCAUGAGGACAUUAAGACUGCAAUAGCUCUUGCUAUGUUCGGAGGGCAAGAAAAGAAUGUAAAAGGAAAGCAUCGUCUAAGAGGAGAUAUAAAUUGUCUCCUCCUCGGUGACCCAGGAACAGCAAAAUCUCAAUUUCUUAAAUAUGUGGAAAAAACUGCUCAGAGGGCUGUAUAUACGACAGGAAAGGGUGCCUCAGCAGUUGGGCUUACAGCAGCAGUCCAUAAAGACCCUGUAACACGAGAGUGGACACUGGAAGGAGGUGCAUUGGUCCUUGCUGACAGGGGUAUUUGUUUGAUUGAUGAGUUUGACAAGAUGAAUGAUCAGGAUAGGGUGAGUAUUCAUGAAGCUAUGGAGCAACAGAGCAUCAGCAUAUCCAAAGCUGGAAUUGUAACAUCAUUACAAGCACGGUGUUCUGUUAUUGCCGCAGCUAAUCCAAUAGGAGGAAGGUAUGACUCAUCAAAAACAUUUGCUCAAAAUGUGGAGCUUACUGAUCCUAUUCUCUCUCGUUUUGAUAUACUUUGUGUUGUGAAGGAUGUUGUCGAUCCAGUCAAAGAUGAGAUGCUCGCAAGAUUUGUUGUCGAUAGUCAUGCCAAGUCCCAGCCAAAAGGCUCUAAUAUGGAGGAGGGAUCUGCGAGACUUUCCCAAGAUGAUUUCUCUUCUGUGGGAAAUGCUUCUGAUCCAGAGAUAUUAUCUCAAGAUACACUGAGGAAGUAUGUCACAUAUGCUAAGCUCAAUGUCUUCCCAAAACUACAUGAUGUGGAUCUGGAGAAGUUAACACAUGUAUAUGCAGAUCUGAGGCGGGAAUCUUCGCAUGGUCAAGGAGUUCCAAUUGCAGUGAGGCAUAUUGAAUCAAUGAUUAGAAUGUCUGAAUCACAUGCUAGAAUGCAUCUUAGGACUUACGUGGCUGAAGAGGAUGUAGAUAUGGCCAUCAGAGUCCUUCUGGACUCGUUCAUUUCAACUCAAAAGUAUGGAGUUCAAAAAGCUUUGCAGAAGAGUUUCAAAAAAUACAUCACCUACAAGAAAGACUACAAUGAACUACUGUUGCAUCUUCUAAGAGGGCUGGUCAAGGAUAUAUUACGUUUUGAGGAACUGGUGUCUGGUACCAGAACUCGGCUCAGUCAAGUUGAGGUCAAAGUGCAAGAUUUAAGGAAUAAGGCACAAGAGUACGAGAUCUUUGACUUAAAGCCAUUCUUCAACAGUAGACAGUUUGCAAGGGCUAAUUUUACUUUGGAUGAGGCCGAAGGGGUCAUUAGACAUCCCAUUGCGUAACAAGUUAUUUGUCAUUGCUUGCUUUGUCUUCUGAUGAUCCAGAGGGCGAUUGGUACUAUAACCAGAAUAAUUUAUGCUUAUAUUGAGUUCUGAGAAAAUAUAUGGAUUGUUCUGUUCUUCUCCCAAUUAUUCAAUUAUUUAAAUGGGUAUAGAUUGCUUCUA